AUGAUGAUGAUGAGUAGUCUUCGCGACGGCCGGGAUUGGUUUAUCGACUAUGAGGGCGCAUCGGACGGGACUGGUACCGUGGCGCUGGACAUGGCAGCACCUGAAAUGAAAAACUGGUAUAAUGCAACGGGGUUCUUUGCGAAUGUUACUUGGGAUCCGUACUAUGAGGCGAGCCCGUCUAUCGACACUCUGCAGGAUUUGGAUGUGUCGUCUACCAAGAGUGUUGCUUUGUGGGUUGUUUCAAAAGUACUAGGGGGCGGCGACGUGAAGGGUACAACGCAUAUCAUUGGCCUUACCAUUGCACGAAUCCUCGAUCUACCCGAGGACCCACACCUCCGCAAAGCAGAAGUAACAGGCUACGCCAUUGCGAAAUGGGGCGAUUAUCCUGCCCUUAUUAAUGGGAGCGAAGGACAAGUGGUAUCGGGGUCUGCUUACCUAGUCAAGUCCGAGGAAGAGGCGGAGAAACUAGCACGUUAUGAGACGAAUGCGUAUGAAGUUGUGGACUGUUUGGUCUUCUUCAAGGAUGGGGAGCAGCCGGACGAAGCUGAGGGGAAGGUGUUUGUGUAUGCGGGGGAUGCGCAGGCGCUACUUGAGAGGCGGUUUGAUAGGGUGCUUUGGGAGAGGCAGAUGGGUGGGAGGGUAGGGUUAUGA